AACAACUCAACGUAAACAGGAUGGAUAACGGCAAAGGCGUCUUUUCGGGUGAAAAAAUGGAUGAGUUUCGCACCUAUGAGGACUUUUUAGAUUCCCAGAUUAAACCUGUGGAUCUGUUUUACCUUGAGGAUCAGGAACUGGCCCGCCAGCUGGUGGAGCUGGGCCUCAAGGAUAGCAGUUUGGAGAGGGAGGAAUUUGAGACAAGAAAAGCAGCUGCCGAGGCCUCCAGGCUUGCUUCAGGAAGCCAACAGAAGAAGCUGGCAAGUACAGGAAAGGAACUCAAAGAUAACUUCCUGAGAGCCCUGGCAGAGCGGGAGGAGGCAAACCGCAGUGGGGAAAUGAAUUCCAUCAUUUUCAUAAGGGACCAAAAUGCUCGUGGACAGGAAAUAUCUGCGUAUAUAGACUACUCCCACCGACUAAAAUCUGAAGACUUUGAGCCAUAUUUCAGCGGAAAGAAAAGGCUUUUGCCAAAAACAUCUGACUUAAGCUUCUACAACUGGAGGACGCAGAAGUCCAAACACAAUAACAGCUCAAACUAUGAGGUAAUCACGGAGAAUCCAAGCGGUCUGCUCUUCAAGUGCAAGAACGACAGGAAAAUCUUGAAUGUUGACCCAGAGGAGCUAUGAGUGCAUGCUAUUUUGGAAAAGAGGCAACGCUGCAGACCGGCCUCUUUGAACACAAACUCGCCCAGGCUGCCUCGUUGAGGGCGAGAUGGCAGAGGCGAGUAUUGCCUGUGGUCGAGCACACCCCAACCAGGCCGGCUAUUAAAAACGAGGGGAGGCUAAGGAACCCAGACACUGAAACCGCCUGUGCACCCAGAAUCCAACCUCAGGCCCCCACCAGGCAUGACCUCAUUGCCCAUGUGGAUGCAUUCCUUCAUCCAAACUGGUGGAAUCAUGGCAUAUUAAACCCUGCAUUUGAUUUGUUUGUUUGUUUGUUUUUUUGUUCACACCCCAUUCGACAUAGCCAGCGAUGUGAACA